GCACACGUGAAACGUAACUGUGACAGAAGUUCGUCAAAGAAACCUCAAAAGAUGGAGAGAAGAGAGGAAGACGAGGACACGAAGGCGAUUGCUCAGAGUGAAGAUGAAGAAGAACAAGACGACGACGAGGAGGAGAAGCGGGAAGAUGGUGAUUUUGAUGAUGAUGAGGAGGAGGAGGAGGAGGGAGCUGCUGCAGACAGAAGAGACGAUGAGGAUAAAGAUGUUGGUGACAGAGACUCUGCUGAGGUAAAAGAGAAGAAGAAGAUAAAGAACGUCUUUCAGGACAGGAAGUGCGUCCCUGGAAUCAUCUUCCUGGGUCAUAUUCCUCCGAGGUUCCGCCCCAAACACCUGAGGAACCUGCUAUCAGUGUACGGAGAGAUCGGACGCAUAUUUCUACAGCCUGAAGACAGACAGGUGAGGAAACGCAAGAAGAAGGCUGGGCUGCGGAGGUGUGACUUCACAGAAGGAUGGGUGGAGUUCAGAGAUAAACGUGUGGCUAAGAAAGUGGCGGCGUCGCUCCACAACACGCCGAUGGGAACCAGGAAACGCCAGCGCUUCUCCUCUGACCUGUGGUGCAUGAAGUACCUGCACAGGUUCCAGUGGAUUCACCUGAGUGAGCGGCUGGCCUACGAGCAGACGGUCCUAAACCAGAGGCUCAGGACUGAAGUUUCGCAGGCGAAGAGAGAAACAAACUUCUACCUGAACAACGUGGAGAAGAGCGCUCACCUGGACAAGCUGAGAAAGAAGAGGCAGAGAGACGGAGAGCAGGUGGAAGAGAAGACGUGGGACUUCACUCAGCGCCAGACGGAGGAGGAGAUCCAGAUGAAGAAGAAGAAGAAAGACACUGUUUCGCAGAAACACCUGGACAAGGCCCGCCUCAUGGAGCAGAAGAGCCAAUCGAACGUCUCGCUUCUGGCCAAAAUUUUCAACUCCAAACCGUCACAAUGACAACAGAGAGAUGCUUCAUGAACUCCUGGACAAAUGUUUCCAUAGAAAGUGAUUGGUUGGGGAAAGGAAUCUACAAAGGCCAGUUUUGGCAGGGGAGGGGGCGGAGCAAAGGGAGUGGAGGAGAGCUAAUAUGGAGGAGUCAUUCCACUUCCUUUUCAGCUCACUGUAUAGAAAUUGUUGUGAUUAACUUACAGGUACAGAAGAGGGCGCCCAGUGAAGCUAAUGGCAGUGCCGCUAACAUGUCUGAGUUUAAAUACACAACACUUAUAUUUAGGUUUUAUUAAAGCAAAGUUGAGUUUGCUCAUAAGAUGCUAGCAUUCUGCUAAAACAUGCUGAUUGGUCUGUCACCUCGAAGCCACGUUUCCCAGUAAUGACUACAACAGGCGUUACAAGCUUAGUUUAACCAGAGCGGGAAGUUUCCAUGUGUGGAUCCGGGCUGCUGACAGAAAUUCUCUGAUACUCACUUCACAAUUGAAUCACAAUGUUGGAUGAUGUUAAGCAGAAUGUGGUGCUGCGAGGUCUCUUAAACCUUCAGAAAGAUAUCUGACUGCAGUCGAAGAUCCACAGGGCCUCAUAUGGUACACGCUACCCCGUGAGUGUCCACUGUGAAUCUGGAGUGGGAGUUCUGGAUUAUAUUAAAAGAUUUUGGAAAGAUUCAAUUUUUUUCUUUAUGUGUUAUUUUGUGUUAAUGUUUGUGAGCUGUUCCAGCGAUGCGGUCUUGGUGAGCAGACAUUUUUGCCUGGGUAUCUUUUCGGGAUAAGCUCACAUGUUGUCAGGCUUGAGGACAGAAGCUGGGGUCAUUUCUGAGAGAAGAAAAUCACUGGGGACAAAUUCUGUGGGCUGGAUCUGCUGAUCACUGGAGAAUUACUAUUCAAAGGUCUUGAGCCAUUCCUGGUUUCUUGAUAUUUUGUUAGGAAACUGGGAAACGGUGAGUUUGAAUAAACUCAUUGAAAUUCGAUAUUUGAUAUGACGCCUUCAUUUUGUCAGCAUAGCCUUCAGGAAUAGUUCUCAAAAGCUCUUCUUUGGAUGUCGGCUGCCUUUUGUUCUGUUCUCUGUGACGAUGAUCCCACACUGCUUCAGUGAUGAUGAGGUGUGGGCUCUGGGGAGGCCGAUCCAUGACUGAUUGUUUUUUAUAUGCAGCUUUUACUGCAUUGGCAGUGUGUUUGCAAUCACUGUCAUGUUCAAAAAUGAAGUUGUUGCUAAUUAGAGACCCCACAGAUGGUCUUUUAUGUAUCAAAAGAUUUUGAUACUCUUCUGCAUUAAUAAUUCCAUCAAUUUUGACAAAAUCUCCAAUAACACUGAAAUCCAAACCCAAAUGAUGACAGAGGCUGUUUUAUAGAUGGCUGCAGACACUAAUGUACCUCUCUCCUGACCACCUCCAUACGUAUUGAUGACUACUUAAACCAAGCUGUACAACCUGUUGCAGGAUUUUUGAGUCACGUUCCUGUGUAGCCACCCUUCCACUGAUACCAUUUGUGAUGAGGCUUCAGUGAUGAGUGGAUCAACUCAAAGACCAGACAUGUCUCGGGGCGUGUGUCAGGGCUUUCCUGGAUUUUUCCCCCCCUGUUUCUUAAAGGACAUUACUCCACUUGUCCAGUUACUCUCCACAUUAUGUCAAGAUAUGGACAUAACAGCGAAUCAGCUUGCUGGUCUAACAGUCAUGUUUGGUCAUUUUUUAUAGAUUGAAAAGCAAUAAACGAACAUAUUAUGUGUUUGUGACAAGCUGCU